GAAAAAGAGCGCUUGAAAAUGCUCCACAUUGUGGCUUUUGUUUUAAAGAUAGCUCGCUUGUGUGCCCACUGCUGUUUAGUUUAAUGCGUUUGGGCGGCAAAGAAGCUUCUUCGGAUGGUCUUUUGUCGCUACUAAACGCCGUCGAAGCUCGUCUUGCUGUCGUGGGAAAGCUUCAAUAUUCGUCAACAUUCGUUCACGCGACAAAGCUCUCAAUCGUUUACAAAGUUUGUUGAGCUGAACGCUCAACAAUGGAGCGACAAAAUGCAAAAGAACUAAGGAUUCAAAUGCCUGGAGCUGUGUCGUCGUUUACAGAACAAGUUGUGGCUUCGCCAAUGACACAACUCGCGAUGAAUUUUGAAGGCAUAUGUACAAGAACACCGACAGGGUGAGAUGACUUUCACGUAGUUUUCGAGUGGCUGUACUUGCAUUUGUCAUGAGUUAAAGUUCUUAAUCUUGUCUAGAAUUAUUCUCUUCUAUUUCUAGCCUAAUUUUUAAACGUCUUUUGCUAUUAACAGACCCAAAUGCACCCCAAGAAGGAAGCUAAUGUUAGGGGAAAUCGAGAACAACUCUUCUACCCCAAUUUUAUCUUCGAAAAGCUUUUCUCGCAGUGUAUCAAGUGAAUCAGGUCAAACAUAUUGUCAAUAUAAAAUGAAUGCUUGGGAAACUUUGGGGGCUUUUACAGGUUUAUAAUUUCAACAAUAUGUGGAAAACUUGCCAUUUUAACCUUGCCUUCAUGUGAAUUUCUACAGGUUACUGCCCUUCGCCCGACAGACAUGGUGGAUUAGAUUCCCCAUCGGCCGAUUUUAUAAGGUCAGAUUGUCUAAAUUAGGUAGUAUUAUAGUACGAUAUCAAAAAUGCUGUUCUGUUUGUUAUUUUAUGUGAUAUUAUACAAAGUUCUAUUAGAUUUGGAAAUUUGAUAUCAGACUUUUCACUUUUAUUGACUUGACUAUAAAUAAUGUCAUCGAAUAUUCUGUGAUGAAUACAGUAAAUACCAUCCCUCAAUUAAAGUUGUUCUUGAACAUGAUUGGCUCACCGCUUAGAGCGCCUGCUGCUACAAUAUCCGGAUGUUGAUCUUUUAAAACGUGUGCCAAGGUCAAGUUUCACCACAUGGCAUAAAAAUGAAAGUUUUGUUUCAAAUGGUUGCCUUUGUUCACAGACACAUAAUAAUAGCUAUAGUAAUUUUUAAGGGAUAUAUCAGAUCAGAUUUGGUGAAAUUUUCUGAUUCAAAACCAUCCAGAAACAAAUCCUACUCAUGUAAUUAUUUCCUACACAUUAAUAUCUUAUGCAAGCCCUUCAAUUGUUCCAGAAGAGUUGUAUAUUAUUUUGGCACAUCCUUGAUCACAGAACUGUAAUUACACCAAAGUAGGGAAAAUAAAACUGAUUUUCUCAUGGUUUACUUUUGUUCCAGGAGACGUCGUUCAAUUUCAAAGCCAAUCAGGUAUACAUUAGUCAUUAAUGAUGUAAGCUAUUACCUAUUAAGAGCAAGGGUGCAUUGCAAUUCAAUGGGUUAGCACUCAUUUUUUUAAUAAUUAUUUUCUUAGGAGGUCUGGAUUAAUACGGAGUAUCUCUUCACCUGUAAGUAGUUAAGCUCUUCAGCAAACAUCUACAUACUAUGUAGUCCUUUGAAGUAUCACAUUUCAAUUUCCAACCUGCGAACAGGCAUACUAGGUCCUACAAAAUUAGGGAAUUCAUUAUGCCAGUUGUGUCAUGUCUGUCAUAACAAAAAUACAUCCCACAGUGAGGACUAGUAUUCAUUACAAAUUUGUACAAAUCAUGCAAUUAGUUUUGUUCCUGUCUCCAAAUCCCAACUAUGCUGUUUUGUUCAAAUUACAACUUAUUGCAUUAGCAUAAUUUUUCAUGCACAUCCAGCUCUUUCCUCAGGAGUGUAGAGGAAAGAAUCUGGGUAUGAGGAUGACAAAUUCCUGGUGAAAUAAUUAGGCAGUUUAUUAUAGAAUAUUCUGAGGGUUUUUCUCUGGCUUUCCUCUGAUUCUUCCUCCCUCACCAGAAACGAAUCCUUCGGUCUUAUUUACGACUCUGUCAGCUGUAGUAUGAUUUAUCGUGAUAAAAUGGAUUUGUUACUGUGUGCAUGAUCUUGAGCAUGAUUUUUUUUGCAUUUAGUUUGCAAGUUGUGCAAAGGAUGAGGAAGGUCCAUUGAAGGACAACUCUUGUGAAAUUGUGGAGGAAGACAUGGAUGAAAAUAAUAAUAAAGAAAAUGAUUUUGAGUUUGCAAAGCCAUCCAUGCCAAUCUACAGAAGUGCAUCGAGUGCUGGAAAAAGAAGACCUAUCUCUGCCCCUGCAGAACUUAUGGUAAUAUGCCAAGUAAAUCCUGCUUCAUACCAGCAAGAUAAGCAAAAAAAGAAAUGCAAAUGAAAAAAUAUUUUGUAUCUGUAUGUCGCUCCUUCGACUACAUUCGGACGGGCCAAAUUUGGAACUAUAUGCAAACUUGUGUGGUUCUACUUGUUCAGACAGAAUGUGGCCUCGAAUUUGUAUAGUUAGCCAGGUCUAGAAACUAUAUUUCUCUUCCUGCCAGCAAAAUUAAAAAAUGAAAAUUUUCUCUGUAAACCGAAUGUAAAAUGUCCUGCAUACUAGUAGAUUUCAUUUUCAAAUAUUUUGCAAAUAUGAAAAUUUCCUGUGAAGAUAUUUUGCUCCAGUUCCUCCAAUUUCAUGCAUCCAUGUGAACGCAUAGCGUGUUAAUAACGUGAUCAACUCUCAUUCGUAUUUUAUAUUCAUUUCAGUCACCUGGCAUAUCACCUCGUAGGGAGUCGACUGACUGUGAAGGAAUGGUUGUACAUUUCUCCGUAGAUGAAGAUGAUGAUGGAUUUAUAGACUAUGCUCAGCUAGAACAAAAUGAGGUAGAAUCCUUUACAUGUACAUUUUAUUGAGUCUGUAAGAUCCUUGGGGAUAUCACACCAACUAAACUAUACUUUAUACAACAUCAAGAAAUAUUGGAACAACAGAGAUGGAUUUAUGGGGGGGGGGUGCACCCCCUAGCCCCGGCCAGAGGUGUGCUAUUUUUCAUGAUAAAGCAAAAAAGUAUUAGAGACAAAAUGAGUAAUAAUAACAUGGUGAUAAGUGAACUGUGAACAACAAUUACAAUUGAAAUACAAUAGUCAAGCAAGACUUUGCAGUAGGCAAUCAAGUUGAUGGGCGGGCAGUGCAUAUGACCCACACAACUUGAUACCAGAGCUGGCAAAUUCCACAGGUGUCCGAUGUUGGGAUCUGCUGCGGUUACCUGCAAAUGACUGAUUUUGAAUGUUUUUUAGGAUGAUGCAUUUACAGUGUCAUCAACAGUCGCUGGAUUGAUGACAAAGCCUUUGUCAAGCUCAGUACGUAUGGACUCUGACAAUUUCUUUUUAUGGUGUAUUUUACUAAUACUGUACAUAAAGUGAUAAACUCAUUCAAAAUAAGACUUAUUCCAUGAACUUUUAUCUUUAUUUUUUUACAAGAAUAUCGAUAAUAACCAGCAUUCAGGUAGUGGCAGUACUCUUAAGGUUUGUGUUUUACAAAUCCUAAAAUUUUAUGCUUUCUAUCCUUACUGUGAGAUCUUUGUUAGCAUGUUGUUAGGUGAAAUACUAAAUGCAUGUACACAUACUACACCUAGCCAAUUUUAUAAUUAUCUCCCCAUGAAAACAUAUGAGAAACUUAUUACGUGCUCGAUUGUGUUUAGGGUUCUGUUGAGACAAAGUUGGAGCCAUGUGGUUUAUUUCAUCCAAUAGCAUGCACCAGUAGUCCUGAAGUAAAACCAAGAAGGUCUAAGUCAGUAUCAAUGAAGGUAAACACCAUAGCUAGAGAUAUUAGGGACACAUGGAAGAAAGCUACCUCCAUAGUAGAAGGGGCUCCAAAUUAGAAUUCAGCUCCGCUAAGAAUUCAGGAGCCAUAGACCAACUACAAAGAACAUGUGAAGACAGUGGAGCUACCUUGCUAAAUCUAGCGUUAUGACGUCAUAGGGGCCUUUUGGAAAGUUUUCCUACACAACCUCUCAGCAGUCCUGUUAAUUACUGUAUUAACUUGGCAUUUACUCGUUUAGAGACCAGUUCCGCCUCGAGAUCCCAGUCCUGAAGAAAGGAAAAAGUUAAGGUACUGAAAAAACCCAUGAUUGCAUGUUUAAUAUUUAAAAUCGAGGUUGGUAACGCCUUCGUUGGAAACGCUGUGAAAGUGUUACUAACCUUUUUAAUGUAGUAAUUGUAGUUCACUUGACACCAACCACUACAGCUUAUGUACCAACCAUAUUGUAUUGUUUAUUACUAUUAUUAGUAUACAGACUUACUGUAUGUGAGGAUUUUCGUCUGUUUCUUAGAUAUUAAAAUUUAUGUACUGUAAUACUAUCUUUUUUCUACUCUUUUAGAGCAAGGUGUUCGUCCGCAAUCGAGGCGAGCUGGAAUUCACCUUUACUUCUUGCUGUAAGUAAAGCUCUUAUUUGCAGUGUCCUUAUUGUGGCUUUUAUGUACAUUUAUUUUUCAGUAAAAUUUAUGUGUGUUGAAAUAAAGUUUUGUCUUCGUGUCAUAGGGCGAACGAAAGCCUGCCAGGAGUCCGUUAAUGCGAUCAAUGUCCGUGGUAGAAUCAAGAACCCGCGGUGCGGAUAUUGAUAAAUAUUUAAAAGCAGGUAAGUUGUAUUGAGUCGUAAGUUGACUUGGUAGGAGUGAACACACACCUCCCCUGCGAGCACCCUUCAAAAGAGCAUUUACCUGCACACACAUGGUUACAUAAUCGGAGAUGGGUGGGGAAGAUAGGUGGGUGUUUUUUUUUGGAGGGGGGUUGGUACAAAAUCUUGGCGUAGCCACUAGGGAACUUUUACCAAACUAAUUCAGUUUGUUUUGUAUAUAUUUCCAGGUCAAGACAACAACCAUUUAAUUGGCGACUUUAGCAAGGUAGUAUAUAGAAUUUUGAUUGUGCGAAACAGCGGUUGCAUUUUUUUUGCACAACAUGGCACGUAAAGUUUUAUGUGGAAGUUUUACAAUGAUUACACUCUUUUUUUUCCAGCAAAAUAUUUUGACAAAGAUUAUACUCUUUUUUUCCAGCAAGAUAUUUUGCCAACGGUAAAAGGGCAGCACCAAGACCUCAAAACAGUUGCUCCAGAAACGGUACAGUAUUUUACUCUAGGAUUGUUCACGUUUUGAGUGUUAACCACAGAUAUCUAUGGUGUUAACCCAGUCAUGCUUCUGUAUAUCUCGGUUGUUGCAAAUACGUUCAACGACUGACCCCUAUAAGGCCCUAAUGGGUCAUAUUUUGCAUAUAUAGGUAUCCCGAGUUUUAGACUUGGAAUUUCAAGAGCAUAUCGAUCAAGUGUAUAUCAUAGACUGUCGCUAUCCUUAUGAAUAUGAUGGUGGUCAUAUCAAGGUUAGAAUGAAAGGAUCGUACAUUUUGCUCAUGCUUUAUAUGCAAAACUUGAUUUUCUGCAGCUUCUGGCUACGUAUAUCACCUGGACAAGUGAUACACUGCUGUUUACUUUCCUAUUUAAUAUUUAUGAUCUUGUUUAGACGGCGAUGAACAUGCAUACCAAGGAGGAAAUCUAUAACUUCUUUUUGAAGAAACCAAAAUCUUGCCCGGAAAAACGAACAGUGUUAAUAUUUCACUGCGAGUUCUCGUCGAAAAGAGCUCCUACAUUGUAAGUUGAACGUGUGUGCUCUAUAAUCAAAACCCAUAAAAGUAUGGCGUAUUGUUAAUCGGUAUAUGUUAUCUGGAAAGUCUGCCAAUGUCUUUGUUCCAUCUUUUCGUGCAAACUUGUGCAGGAUGAAAACAAUGAAAUUUGGGCGUAAUGAAGCAAUACAUGGCGUCCAAUGACGUCAUCUCGAAACGAAUCACGUGCUCAACUGCACUGUUGAAAUAGUUCUAGGUAUUUCCAAAAGGUUUGUAAAUGGUAAGGUUUCUCAACAUAUGAAGAUCGUAGCUCAUUGUUUACACUUUGAAGCUUGCACGUAUCUUGAUUGACAAGUUAACUCUUCAGUGAACCUUUCCUGUUGUUGUGUGAUACUCUAAUGUCUAAUACAUUCAGAGUAAAGACUGGAAAGGUAGAUUAAACGUGGCUGACUAGCAGGCAUCUUGUAUCCAUUCCAUAUAUCUGAUGCUUACUUUCAGCCAACAUUACUGCGAGUUCACAGUCUUAGUUUGGGCCUAUAGUUUCAUCAUAGACGGAUUUUUUCUAGAGAAAAUUGCCCCCCCAAAAAAAAAAAGUAGUAUGACUGAAAUAAAGAUUUUGAUAGUAAGAAAAAAAAAGCAAGGAUUUUGAACUAAAUAGACCAAAAAUCUCAACAUUUUCCGGGGACUUUCCCUCUUACCCCCAUUGACAUUGGCAACUGUGCCCCUAGACUGCUGCAGCUUGAUGGGCGGCGCUACGCACCCUGUCCCCCCGAGCAGAGUUUCAUCCUGGUUAGGUGGAAAUAAAAGUGUAGAAUUUUUACCCUCGAAAUUUCCAUGUACAAAACCCUACAACAUGAGUUCAAGCGAGUGAGAGCCCAAAAUCCUGGAUUUUUUUCAGAUACCGUUAUUUACGCAACAAAGACCGUGACAGUCACACGCACUGUUACCCCAAGUUGUUCUAUCCUGAAAUCUACGUUAUUCAUGGUGGUUAUAAAGCAUUCUUUGAGAGUUGUCAGGUUAGUAUUCUCAAAUAUAUUAUUUAAUUGGAGUUCAUAAGAAUUGCCUCGAUUCUCUAGUGUUUGCUGCUUCGACAAAAUUGCCUGUGCGUUCAGACGAUUAUGAUUAUAUUUGGUUUUGCGGCCAGCGAGAAAUAUUUGGGUAGGUGGUGGGGAAUGCUUUAUCGUUAAGUUUCAAAACUUAGUGUAAGUCUACAACUGCGUCUUAAUAGCGAGAUAAUUACUUGCAGACUUACCUGACUCAACAAGCUGUAAAAUGUUACAGUCAAGUCUUAUUUUCUCGAUAAUUUGAGCUAGACAUCUUAAAAAUACUGGGAGGGGUAUAAUUCACUAUCACAAAUACAAUAACUAUAGUCUUUACUCUUUAACCAGUCUGUAUGACACCAUAUAUACUGUAAGCAGCAAUUCAAAUGAAAGAAAAUUAAAACGUGUCACUGCACGCUGAAUAUGCUGUUGAUAUAAGACAUUCAAUAAUUUUACAAAAAAAUGUGCAAUUUCAUCAACCACAAAAGCUUGUACUAUUUGAUAGCAAAACAUAAACAUUUUUAAUUUUCACAUUUCUGCAGGAAUACUGCGAGCCACAAACUUAUCGCCCCAUGGUUGACGAAAACUUUACCCAGGAAUAUAAACGUUUUUCCAGGCGCUCAAAAUCUUGGACGGAUGGUCAAAACGGCCCAACGGUUCGCAAGACCUACCGCCAGGGACUGCAAUUCUAAGAAAAAUAAUGUAUUGUACAUAUUAUAAUUUAAGCUAGAAAGACGACCUGUAAAAAUCCCCCGUAUAAGUAAUUUUCCAAUUUACACAAAAUGCAUUUAUAUUAAUAUAAUUUAUAAAAAGAUACAUUGUUUUCGCAGAAUCCUCCUGCAUGCUGGCAAAUGCGGGAUUUCACGGAAUUUUAGAACUAAACAAAUGGAUUAUUUCGUACGUAACAUUUUUCUUUGUAGAAAAACUAUAUAGAUAUGAACAAUGUGUGUAUUAAAAUUCUGUACAUAUCGCUGAAACAGUUGUUUUAACUUUGUAGCUCAUGAGUCAUGGCUACAUUCGCUACGUUGCUGUUAACAGCUACAUGUUGCAAUUACUAGACACGGUUGCAAUUACUAUACUUGGAUUCAGGUUAGGGCCAACCAGUGGCGAAGCCAGCCCGACAAUUUGGUCAUGCUAUGCAAAUAUUUCCGUGUUCAUACACCGUGAAAACAAUUUGUAAAGAAAUGAAUAAUGAUACUGAUUUAAAUUUGCAUAGCAUGACCAAAUUGUCGGGCUGGCUUCGCUACCCCAGCCAACGUACAAUAUUGAAUUGACGGCACGUUGGAAAAGGCAUUAGCGAGCAAUAGUUGUCCUUACAAAACUCUACACUUAUAUUAUCCAUUCUUUAUUAUAAUUUUUUAUAAAUUACAUAAAUUAUUGAGAAUAGAAAAGUGCUUAUUCUACAUUCAUUUAUUACGAUCACGCAGUACAAUGUUGGCCGCAUUUCUCCCUGAAGCACCCAUCACUCCUCCACCUGAAACAUAAUGAAAUAAACAUUAGAGUACUGAGGCCUUACCUGCC